AUGUGGGUCCUGCGCGCGCUGGCCGCGCUGGCCGCGUCGGUGGCCGCCGCCGCCUCUCUCUUGCCGCUCGAUGCCGAGCACCUGCACGCCAGCGUCGGCGGGUUCGCGGUCAUGAACUGUCACCUCGACUUCCCUUUCGGCAACGAGAUUCCUUACCACUUGCAAUGGGACAAAGAUGGCGAGAGCAUAUUCUCGUGGUACAGCGGCGAGGGCGCGGCGCGCGUGGCGGACCGCUGGGGCGGGCGCGUGCGGCGCGUGGACGGGCCGGCGCUGGGCCGCGGCUCCAUCAACGUCAGCGCCGUGCGCGAGACCGACGCCGGCCUCUACCGCUGCCGCGUCACCUUCCCCAACCGCACGCCGCCCGCGCGCAACAACGGCACCUUCUACUACCUCCAAGUCGACGGAGGUAAUCUGAUAGUGACGCCGCCCAUGAACGUGACGGUGCUGGAGGGCGAGCGCGCCGAGCUCGAGUGCUUGCCCAAGAGCCCGGAGUCGGCAGUGGAAUGGUACAAGGACGGGACGCCGCUGGGCGAACUGCCCGAGCUGGCGCUGCGCUCGGAGCGGCCCGCCAACGGGUCGCUCGUGCUGCGGCGCGCCGCGUCCACGGACCCCGGCGAGUACGAGUGCCGCGUGCACGACCCCGCCUACCCCGAGCUGCAGAGCGCCAGCGCGUUCCUCGACGUGCAGUACAAAGCCAAAGUCGUCUACGCACCGAAAGAACGCUUUCUUCCAUACGGCAAGCCCGCCAGCUUGGACUGCCACUUCAGCGCCAACCCGCCGCUCACCAACCUGCGCUGGGAGAAGGACGGCUUCUUGUUCGAUCCCUACAAUGUGCCCGGAGUGUUCUACAGCAGGAACGGAAGUCUACUGUUUAAUCAGGUGGAUGAGUCCCACGAAGGCGAGUACUCGUGUACGCCGUACAACUCGCUGGGGUCGGCAGGCCCAUCUACGGGCGUGCGCGUGCGCGUGCAGCGGCCGCCCGCGCUGGCAGCGCGGCCGCAGCCGCUGUACGUGGCGCGGCUGGGAGCCACGCUCACGCUGCCCUGCGCCGCCGCCGCGCGCCACCGCGACCAGCCGCUCGUGCACUGGGCCCGGAAGGACGGUAGCGAGCUGCCCGCGGGCCGGCAUAACCUGGACGACGGGAACCUGACCAUUGUAGACGUGACGGAGGACGACCGCGGCGUGUAUGUGUGCACUGUCAGCAACGAGGCCGCCACCGUCGACGUCGAAACAGAGCUACUGGUCGAGAACAUGCCUCCGCGAGCUCCCUACAACCUCACCGUCAGGCCAUCUACUGAUUCUAUUCAUCUGUCCUGGGUGCCUGGACAUAACGGACUCGAGGUGGACUAUAAUGUUUGGUAUCGUGAACGAACUGUGAGCGAAUGGCGCACUAUGAAGAUUUUGACGAGAGGCGUUACCGAGGCCACGCUAGUAGGACUGAGGCCAGGCACGGAGUACGAGCUCCGUGUGCUGUCUCAAGAUCUCAUUGGCGAUGGUCUUUUUAGUAAACCAGUGUUUGCGAGAACAGUCGGAUCUUCGGAUGAGGAAGGAAUAGAAGCUGAGCAGGUCGCGUAUGCUGCCGCCACCACCGAAGAGACGGAGCCGGGCGCGUCCAGCGAGGGCGUCGACGGAGGCGACCUGGACGUCACCGUGCGGCUCAUCGACGAGGGUGCGUUGGUGCGCUGGCGCCGCGACCCGACGGACGGGACGCGCUGCACCCUGCGCUGGUACGAGGGCGCGCCGCCCGGCGAGCGCCUGCUGGCCACCGGCCACACGCUGCACGACUACAUGCUCGUGAGCGGUGCUGAGGAGGGCGCGCGCUACUGGGCGCGAGUGCAGUGUGCGAGCGGCGCCAGUGGGGGCGCAGCGCUGCGCGUGCCCGAGUACGCGCGGCUGCGCGGAGUGGCGGCGGGCUGCGCGGCGGCGGCGCUGUUGCUGGCGGCGUUGGCGGCGGCGUUGCUGGCGGCGCGGCGCAGGCUGUGCGCCCGCCCGCCUCCGCCGGCGCGCGCGGACAAGCGGCUGCGCUGA